GCGGCGGCCCGGCGAGGAUCGGCUCCAGGAGAUGAUAGAAAGUGACAUCUCGUCCAUGAUGUCAGGAAUUAUUCGAAAUGUAGGGCAAAAUCACCAUUCCUCUCCACAGGAAUACAGGCUCCUGGCCACCACCGGGGAUGAAGACCUUCCCGGGGACCUGCAGUCGCUGUCGUGGCUCACGGCCGUGGACGUGCCACGGCUACAGCAGAUGGCAAGUGGCCGCGUGGACCUGAGUGGCCCCAGUGGGCCACACCCGCACCCAGGUGCCUUGGCCAGGGUGGCCGACCUGCACGUAGGAGCUGCCCCAGGUGUUCUGCUCCACGGACCAGCUGGCAUGGCCCCCCCAGGGCUGCUGGGCCUGGGCCCCAUGGCCAGCCAUGGAGCCAGUAUGAGCCAGUUCCCCAUGGGGGCCCAGCACUCCUCAGGCCUGCAGGAGCCACCACAGCUGUAUUCACCUGCCACCCAACUACAGUUCUCGCUCCCCCCAGGCGCCCAGCAGUGCCCCUCUGUGGGCCUGUAUGGUUCCCCAUUUGGGGCGCGGCCUCCCUACCCCCAGUCCCGCAUGGCUGUGCAUUCAUCUCAGGAGCUGCACCCCAAACACUACCCCAAGCCCAUCUACUCCUACAGCUGUCUGAUCGCCAUGGCCCUGAAGAACAGCAAGACGGGCAGCCUGCCCGUGAGCGAGAUCUACAGCUUCAUGAAGGAGCACUUCCCCUACUUCAAGACGGCCCCCGACGGCUGGAAGAACUCGGUGCGGCACAACCUGUCUCUCAACAAGUGCUUCGAGAAGGUGGAGAACAAGACGAGCGGCUCCUCGCGCAAGGGCUGCCUGUGGGCCCUGAACCUGGCUCGCAUCGACAAGAUGGAGGAGGAGAUGCAUAAAUGGAAGCGGAAAGACCUGGCGGCCAUCCACCGGAGUAUGGCCAACCCCGAGGAGCUGGACAAGCUGAUCUCUGACCGGCCGGAGAGCUGCCGGCGCCCUGGCAAACUGGGGGAGCCCGAGGCCCCUGUGCUGACCCACGCCACCCCAGUGGCCAUGGCCCACAGCUGCCUGGCCGUCUCCCAGCUCCCAGCCCAGUCACUGAUGACCCUGUCCCUGCAGUCAGUCCCCCUGCACCACCAGGUCCAGUCCCAGGCACAUCUUGCCCCAGACUCUCCCGCCCCAGCCCAGACCCCUCCCCUACAUGCCCUGCCGGACCUGAGCCCCAGCCCACUCCCCCAGCCCGCCAUGGGAAGGGCUCCCGUGGACUUCAUCAACAUCACCACCGACAUGAACCCUGAGGUGGAUGCCCUGGACCCCAGCAUCAUGGACUUUGCUCUGCACGGGAACCUGUGGGAAGAGAUGAAGGAUGAGGGCUUCAGCCUGGAUGCGCUGGCUGCCUUCGGAGACGCCCCACUCGAUGGUGACCUGGGGGCCUCGGGCCUGACCCCCGUGUCUGGCGGCGGGGAUCCGUCCUUCUCAGACUUGCAGGUGACAGGUCUCUACGCCACAUACUCAGCUCCGGACAGUGUGGCGGCCUCGGCUGCCAGCUCCUCCUCCCAGUACCUGGGUGCCCCAGGGAACACGCCCAUAGCCCUGCUUUGAGCUCAGUGCAACCCCCCUCCCACCCUGGAACCCCAGUGCCAGGC